AUGCGAAAAUUUCUUGAAGAUUUACAAAGAAGAGGAGAAACAAUGCUACAAUUAGAAGAAGCUAUAGGAAACACAUGCCCAAAACAAAUAAGAUUUCUUUGUGAAAGUCUUGGUCAAACUGAUUUAAACCUGAAUAUCUUAUUACAAUAUUAUUAUCUGUUGGGAGAAAAGGGUCUUUCUAAUCUUCUAGUAACCCAAACUAUCACUUUUAAUGCUCUAGCAAAAAUGUAUAACAAGAACUUUAACUUGUUACUUCUAGAAGCUAGAACUCAACAAUUUCAAGAGAAUGCAAAAUUAAUUUACUUGUUUGAUACUUUCACAGGGGCUCAAGU